AUGGGGAACAAUCCGUCCAAAGGGCCUGCCGGAGAUGCCCAAUUGCCCUCGGGCCUCGCGACGUCCGCGGGGGACAGGAAAGUAGCUCGCCGGCCAUCGAUUAAUGCGCCGUCGGGCACCACCAAGGCCACCGCCGCCGACCCUUCCGCCACCAGAGAGACAGCAACCGGCCACCCAACGUCACAAAAUCAGCCGUCAGUCCAGCAGCGUCUCCAGUCCCGCACUGUGGCCGACUCGCCGACGCGCAAUCUAGAUCGCUCGGACCGCAGGAAGCCUGACGCUCGUCCCCGAGACAUUCCCUCUGCCGAUGUGUCCAACCCUGUACAAGUCCCGGGAUCUCGGGCGGCCGCUAAGCGCGACUCGGUAACAACUUCUGGCCAUCCUCCCAAUGCUUAUUACAGCGCCUCCGUCCAUCUCCAGCGCCCCCCGCGCAUGCCUCUGCCGAUUGGGGAUGCUACUACCAUCCCAGGCUCGCCGAUCAUUGGACCCGAGGACUCUUAUAUGGGAACCCCCCUUCCCGACCAUCUGUUAGACGAACACAUCGACCAGAGACAUCCCAGCACAGGCAGCACCACGAUCGAAGAUGAGGAAGCGCUGGACGAGCUUCAGCCAUACACUGCCAGCGGGGCGGGAAAAGCAGUGCCGACUCCGAUAGAAUGGACGGCUCCCGGCGACAAGGUUUAUGUCACCGGAACGUUCGUCAACUGGGAGAAGAAAUUCCGCCUGCACCGAAGCGAGAACAACCCCGGGAUCAUGUCCACCACCUUGAGUCUCCGCCCGGGCACGCAUCACUUGAAGUUCAUUGUCGAUGGUGAAAUGCGCGCCUCAGAUAAUCUUCCCACCGCCGUAGACUUCACCAAUCAUCUGGUCAACUACAUCGAGAUCAGUGCAGAUGACAUCAACCGGUCGCGGAGAGAGAGCGAUAGAAUUUCUCGGAGUGGGGUCCCCGACGGCGUCCGCCCCCCGCAGGUUCUCCCCGACCCGGUGGGAGCCGACGAGGCCAAGGACGGAUCGACCGUGGAGGAGCCGGAGGACAAGGAGGAGCCGGAGGAGAUUCCGCUGGGCGAUUUCCGUGGCAUCAUCCCGCAGUUCCUGCUGGAUCUAGAUCGAGAGGAAGAAACCCCGGAGUACCAGCAAGCCGUGAAUAUCGUCGGGGACGCUCCCACCCCGCCCAGUCUGCCACUUUUCCUCGGAAAAUCCAUCUUGAAUGGCACCACGCCCAUGAAGGACGAUAGCAGUGUUCUCAACUAUCCCAACCAUACCGUUCUCAACCAUCUGGCCACCAGCAGCAUCAAGAACGGGGUGCUUGCUACGAGCGUAACGACCCGGUACAAACGAAAGUACGUUACCACGAUAUUGUACAAGCCGACAGGAGAUAUUGGGGUAGAGUAG